AUCAAUAAUAACACAGAUCUAAAAUUCACCCACUUAUAUGCAAAUUGCAAAAGGCAACCAUAAAUAAAAUCUUGACCCAUAUGAUACAAAUCUCGUUAUGUACUAGCUAUAGCACUAUGAGUCUUGAUCACACAUUUCACCAGAAAGAAACAACACCAUAAAUGUUUCAAGAAACACACAAACCCUAGUAAUUACCCCAAAAGACUGUAACUGUUAAAACCUCUUUCACCGGAAGAAAGCAGAUUCAGAGCUGAAAAUAAACAAGAACAAUGAAACAAGAAAGGUUCAAGAAGAACAUUAACGCCGUCGUUUUAUGUUUGUUCUCCUUCUUCUUCCUCUGUUCCACGUCGGAUUUGCUCCUCCCACGUUCACCGUUAGCGAUACUCACCGGCGGGAGGUGGGAUCUCCUGCAGCCGAGUGUAGGUAUAUCCGCAAUGCACAUGCAGCUUCUACACAACAACAAAGUCGUCAUCUUCGACCGUACCGACUACGGCCCUUCGAAUCUCACUCUCCCUCCUCAUCUCUGCCAAAACGCCACCGUUUUCGACUGCUCUGCUCAUUCUAUACUCUACGACGUCGCUUCGAACACUUUUCGCCCACUCACACUUCGGUACGACACGUGGUGCUCCUCCGGUUCUUUAAACGCUUCCGGUUCUUUAAUCCAAACCGGUGGUUACGGCUCCGGCGAAAGAACUGUACGUGUCUUCACACCUUGCGACGGAGUUGGAAGCCUCUCGUGUGAUUGGGUUGAGAACAGAGCGUAUCUCUCCUCUCGCCGGUGGUAUUCAACCAAUCAGAUUCUUCCCGAUGGUCGGAUCAUCAUCGUCGGCGGCAGAAGAGCCUUCACCUACGAGUUUUACCCCAAGAAUCCGGGCAAAUCCGUCUUCAAUCUCAGAUUCUUGGCCGAGACGAGAGAUCCGAAUGAAGAGAACAAUCUUUAUCCGUUUCUUCAUCUCCUCCCCGACGGCAACCUCUUCAUCUUCGCUAAUCGGAGAUCGAUUCUGUUCGAUUUCGUCAACCACCGGAUCAUCAAGGAGUUUCCGGUGAUUCCCGGCGGCGAUAAACGUAAUUACCCAAGCACUGGCUCCUCCGUGCUCCUCCCUCUCUUACUCACCGGAGAAAGUAACCGAUCGAAGAUUGCGGCUGAGGUUAUGGUAUGCGGCGGUGCUCCCCCGGGAGCGUUCUUUAAAGCGGCGAGGACGAUCCCUAAAAUCUUCGUCGGAGGAUCUCGCUCGUGCGGGAGAUUGAAAGUGACCGACCCGAAUCCGAGAUGGAUCAUGGAGCAGAUGCCAUCGCCACGUGUCAUGGGCGAUAUGUUGCUGUUACCAAACGGUGACGUUUUGAUCAUUAACGGUGCGGCUAACGGAACCGCUGGUUGGGAGGACGCUACGAACGCUGUUCUCAACCCGGUUUUGUAUUUACCCGACGAGCCUGACCCGACCCGAAGAUUCGAAAUUCUCGCCCCGACUCGAAUCCCUAGAAUGUACCAUUCCGCGUCUCUCCUUCUUUCCGACGGCAGAGUCUUAGUCGGAGGAAGCAAUCCUCACCGGAAUUACAAUUUCACGGCGAGUCCGUACCCGACGGAGCUCAGCCUCGAGGCUUACCUCCCGCGUUACCUCGAUCCGCAGUACGUGCGCGUGAGGCCGACGAUUAUCACGGUAGAGCUAGCCGGAAAAAUGUUGAACGGUCAGGGUUUUGCGGUCACGUUCGUGAUUCCGGCGUUCGGGAUGUUCGACGGAGGAGUGUCGGUGCGGCUAGUGGCGCCGUCGUUCAGCACUCACUCGACGGCGAUGAACCAGAGGAUGUUGGUGUUGCGUGUGAGGCGCGUGAGUCAGUUAUCUGUUUUCGCGUAUAAAGCUGACGUGGAAGGACCAACGAACUCCUACGUGGCACCGCCUGGGUAUUAUAUGAUGUUCGUGGUUCACCGUGGAAUCCCGAGUGUAGCGGUUUGGGUUAAGAUUUAACGUGAGCCUCUGAUACGUUGGACUCUGCUGCUUUUGACUCUAUGUUUUCUUUUCUUCAUGAUUUUCAUAGUUUUACUUUUUACGUAGAUAGAUUCAUUAGUUUUUGAUUUUUUUACCAACCGUAGUAAAACGUUUUGUUUAGUGA